AGGUGCGGUGGCAGGAGUGCCCACGAAGCCGGCCAACAGGCUUCUGCUCUGGGAAGAUGGCCUACUAUGGAAAAUGCAUUGAAACUGUCAUCGAGCAAUUGAACAAAUUUAAGCCUGAGAAGGACAUUCCUGAGCAGUUCCUGGAGGCUGCGUCUACCUCCCUGCAGACACUGAGCCCCCAGAAGCAGGCAUUCAUUUUAGAGGUGCUGUCGGGGUGCCUAGAGUACCGGAAGCUGCUGGCUGUGGUGGUGGAUGCCUUCUACGUGCGGGCUGGCUGGCUCUGCCGACGGGCUGACUACAACCUCUUUGAGGUGAUCUGCUACCUGGCCACGUUCCAGCUGGACGAACUCGGCUUCCAGCUCUUCUCUGACAUCAUCAGGUCUCAGCCCCUGGACAAAAUGUGCAAGUUCCUCGGGUUCUUGUUCAACCCCUUAAGCCUGUGCUCCUGGAUCAAGGACGAAUGGAGCCUCAUCUACGAGACCGCCCAUGUGAGCGAGAACUGGAUCGACCCCCUGAUGAGAUGGCAGCCAGAGGUCCAGGAGCUGAUCAAGCAGCUGGAGAAAGUGAUAACCAAUCGGUCCCCUCUUCCAAAGACCAAGGCCAAGGUCACAGAGCCCAAGGAGUUCAACCUGACUGUUCCCCGACCCCGUGCCAUUCCAGUGCCUGAGCCGGUCCCUGUCAUGAACAAGCCAAAACCAAUCCCCAGGAGUACCUACCACCCGCCUAAGGAGCAGGAGCAACUAGAGAUGACCAGGAGAUAUAAUCGCUGGAAGGCUGAGGAGCUGCUGCUGAAGGUGAACAUCGAGGAGAUGCGGUGUGCGGUGCCCAGGUCCCGGGGGACGCCCCUGGUGCAGGGCUCCGAGAAGAAGCUGCAGCUCCGAUUCAUGCCCAGAAUCCUGAAGACUCCAAAGUUGACAUUCUACAAGCCCAACAAUGUCCCAGUCAAGCUGAACACUGCUGCCAUCCUCCGAGAAGGGUCUUUAUACCAGCGGCAGGUGGAGAAAGAGCUGCAGAGGGUGGAUAAGCUUGUGGAUGGUGCAGGCGACUUCUCUGAGUUUCUUGAGUGGCAGAAGAAGAUGCAGGCGAAGGACCAGGAGGAGGCGCUGGCUGCAGGCGAGUGCCGGAGGCUGCAGGGGAAGCUCAGCCGCGAGGAGGCCAUCCUGGCCCGGCAGCUCCUCAGGCAGGGCAACAAGCAGAAGGCCGACCAGAAGAAGGAGGAGAUGGCUGAGCUGAUGCAGCAGUGUGCUGAGAGGCGCCUCCAGGAGGAGAGGUCCAUGAAGGAGCUGGUGGAGCAGGUGAUAGAGGUGCAGAAGAAUGUUAAGAUGGCACAGAUGAAGCUCCUGAAGGGCCGAAGGCACAUAGUUCAGGAGGUGAUAGAGGAGACCCGGGAGCUGCUACAGCGCAGCACAGAGGCAGCCAAGGAGGAGCAGAAGCGGCGCUGUGAACUCAUCGCUCAACAUCGAGCUCUGGAGACACAGCCCAUGCGCAAGGGCAAGCUGGUGGACCUGACCCAGAUCCCUGGAUAUGGCCUGGAAGGGGAGAUGUCUGUGGUGGAGCUUCGAGAGCGGCUGGCCCUGCUCAAGGAGACCCAGCAGCGUGAGGAGGAAGAGAAGCGAGACCAGAUCAUCCAGGCCAAGCGUGCCAGAAGCCAGGGACUGCAGAAUAUGGUGGAGCAAAUCUCGCUGUGCCGUGCAGCCAUGGGGAGGUCUGCGGCCUUGAGGUGGGAACAGAAGAAAGCACAGUCCGCGGCCCCGGGGCCGCCGUCCCAGGACGAGCGCGUGCUGGAGCUGCGGCGCAGGAUCGAGGAGAGCGCAGCGGAGCGCCGCAAGCAGGCAGCCUCCGUGCCGAUCUCUGCGCCGCGAGCCCCGCGCCCCAAGCCGCGGGCGCAGCUGGAGUCCAGGCAUUGGGUAGAGCUGCAGCAGAGCCGCGAGCGCCGGCUGCGGGCGCUGCAGAGGAGCUGCGUGGACACCUAG